AUGCCUGAAUCUAGAUCCUCUGACACAGUGCCGCCUUUAUGUAUCGCUAAGGACUCAUGCACAAGUAGAAAUCGCAUUGGUCAGAUAUGUUUCGCACGCAAUGCCAACGAAACGAUAUCUUCAAACCGCCUCCCUGGUAAUAGCUUGGUUCAAUCGGAUAUGGCAGCAAUUCAUAGCAGCUCCGAAGAACUUCUCAGGGCCUUGCUGCUUUUGACCAAUAUCCCACUCGACGACAGUCGUUUCCAAGGAAUUCUUGAUGCAGGGGCCCAUAUUUCUCUAGCGCAAAAUUUAGGUGAAUUGCUGCAGCCAAUCUUUGAAUGCUGGGAUGAACGAAAAUCCCUAGAUUUGCAUGCUCUGGGGCUUCCUGUUGAGUGGAGAGGGAUAAAUGAAGCUGCAAAUUACCUCCGGACCUUAGAUGCUGAUGAGAGGACACCUUAUUUAAACCCUCUUUCGAGGCGCAUGGGGCAGGUUCUAUUUUAUUUUAAUUACGAAGUGCUCCGCAAGCAGGCACUGGGUCACAAUUGUCGUACCUCGUGGAAGGACAAUGGAACGCAUAUUUUGUCUUCAUUCUCCACGCCUACUCGGACGACCCUCGCGCCUCCGACUCACUACAGCACCGUCGUAAUAGAAGUACAGGAUAUCACGCCCGAUGAGGGAUAUGGUGGUGGAGACUUGCCAGUGUUUUAG